AUGUCGACACCUGCGGCCGACAGCCAGCCAGUGGCUCCCGAAAAGGCUCCCGCCCAGAACGAUGCACCUCAGGACUUCUUCGAGCCGGAUGAGAAGCCUGACCAGUCUGCUAAUAAUGAAGGAUCAAAGGAAGUUGGCGUCAGCAGAGUUGAAGCCUUCAACAGGGUACUCUACCAUUCUGGUCAGAAGGGCAAGGUGCUACUCUGGCUGCUCGGCGUAUCCAUCGGCCUGACCAUGUUUGCCUAUGCCCUCGAUAUGGGUAUCACCACAACCAUCUUUGGCACGCUGGCUGCUUCAACGUUCAAGGUCCACAGCCAACUUGGUACCGUCAACACUGCCAGUCAGAUAAUCCGCGCCAUCAGCAAGCCUUUCAUUGGAAAACUAGCCGACAUCACCUCGCGACCCACGACGUACGUCGUGAUUCUAGCGUUUUACGCCGUAGGCUUUGCCGUUGCAGCCAGUGCCACCGCCUUCCCCGCCUAUACCGUCGGUAUCUGCUUUACUUCAGUCGGCAAGUCAGGUCUCGAUCUUCUGAGCGACAUCAUUGUGGCCGAUUUAACACCCCUGGAAUGGCGCGGCUUCUUCGGUGCUUGCCUGUCCCUGCCUUUUAUCGUCACUGUCCCCGUCAACGGUUUCAUCGCUGAAGGCUUCUACGAGAAUUGGCGAUGGGGCUUAGGCAUGUUCGCCAUACUCGUCCCUGUUCUCCUCAUCCCGGCCAUCUUUACUCUCUACGCCAUGCAGCGUCGAGGAGAGAAGGCUGGCAUGGUAACCAUUGCCGACUCCAAGAACGUUCGCACCGGUGUCUCUGAGGCCUCCUCUAAGAACUUGGUGUACUGGGCCAAACUUGCGUACCGGGGCAUGAUCGAUAUCGACAUCAUUGGCCUCAUCCUGCUUGGCUUUGCCUUCUCCCUGAUUCUCUUGCCUAUCACACUGGCUAAGAGCGCCGAUGGUGGAUGGACCAACGCAAGCAUGAUCGCUAUGAUCGUCAUGGGUUUCGUCAUUCUCAUAAUCUUCGUCCUGUUCGAGAUAUUUCUCGCUCCUAAGCCUCUCAUGACGAGGAACAUUUUACAGAACCGCGCCUUCAUCGCAGGUGUCAUCAUCCACACCUUCAAUCAAAUGGCAUCGUCCGUUCGCAAUACCUACUUCUCAUCAUACAUCCUCAUCAUCAAAGAGUGGACUACUUACCAGUGGACUAUCUUCUUGGGCAUAACUACAAUGGGGCUCUGCCUGGUCGGCCCUGUGGUUGGUCUCAUUCACCGAAGCACUCAUCGCUACAAGAGCCUUAUGGUCUUCGGUGCCGCGGCCAAGAUUCUCGGUUACGGCCUCCUGGUCCAACCGACCGGCAACAUGACUCAAGAUACUGCUCGGCUCGUAGCAGCGCAGCUCAUCUUCUGUCUAUCUUCCCUCAACGUAGUUGGUGCGCGUGUCGGUGUACAGGCGUCUGUUCCCCACGACGACGUUGCUUCGAUCAUUUCCAUCAUCACUCUGUGGUCUACCUUGGGAUCCAGUAUCGGAAGCGCCGUUGCAACGAGCAUCUGGACGGAGCAGAUGGUUGACCAGAUGCGUGAAGAACUUCCCGGCGUUUCCAACAGUGUCAUCGCCAAGAUUUACGGCAAUAUCAAGACGUUGAAGAAGUACCGGUUCGAUGAUCCCAUUCGCCAAGGAUCUAUCCGCGCCUACGCUAUUGUAAAUGGGCAUAUCACGAUCGCCGCCAUCUGCUUGUCCUGUAUUUCUCUUAUUGCUUCUUUCUUUAUGCCAAACUACUAUCUGGGCAAGCAGCAGAACGCCGCCAACAACAAGGGUCUGGAUGGCGAGGUUGUCGACAUACCGAAUCAUAGAGGAGCUGGAGAGACAGCGAUUGCUCAACCGGAGGCCACAACCCUGUGGCAGAAGGUGCUUGCUUUGUACCGCAAGUAG